GAUGGAAAGAAGACAUCAAAGUCUUCACUGGACCCACGGCCAUCAAGCCUUUUCGCUUUGGCAAUGGUGGCAUCAAGUAUAGUGAAUCCUUUGUCCUCGUGCCUCAGAAGCUUGGAGAGAACAGCGUGAUGCUGGGCAUGUUCACCCUCGAUGCUGAGAAGGUGCCAAUCCUCAUUGGCAUGCGCACUCUUGAUCGCCUUGGAGCUGUGAUUGACGUGAGUGGCCGCUGGAUGGUGUUGGCCAAUGUGGCCCCCAACUUGAAGAUCCCACUUGGAAAGAGCAAGGCGGGACAUUUGCUAGUUGAUCUUCGCACUGACUGGCUCACCAUGGGCCAGCCCUUGGAGCACUUGGCACCACAACCUCGUGCGGCAUACAAG